ACGAUUUAAUUAGAUUUAAUCGAGUCUGAAUAUCGUUGAGAAGCAUCGUACUGUCGUGAAAAGUCAUUCACAGUGACAAUUUUCCAUUUUCGAUAAACUGUAAAUAAAGACACAUUAAUAUUUCGUAAUAUAAGCUUGUAAGAAAUGUAAGAAAUGAGAUAUCAGAUGAAUAGAAUACAGAGAAAGUGAAUUAUGUACAAAGUACAAUCUUAUUAUUUUAAGAAAUGAUAAAAAAUUAUUUUCUGUCGAUACAAUUUACAAAGAAUUGAUUAAUCGUAAGAGGAGAUUAAUAUCAGCGAACUGUAGAAAUUUUCGAAUUUCUCGAUAAUAUGGAGGACAGUGAGUAUAAAAAAGAGGAAAAAGAAGAAAGUCUAGCUGAUGAAGAUACUUCGCAUAUAGACUAUCGAAUAAUAUGGAUUCGCGACAGAGUUUUAAAAUUUCUUGGGCUGAUCGGUCAGGAACAUCUUUUCAACGUACUUAUUAACGCGAAUAAUCGAUAUUUCGAGGAUAAAUUACUAAAUUUUCUAAUAUUGGACUUGUACGGGGUAAUGGACUUAGAAAAGAAUGUGAUUUACUUUUAUAAAACCUACGUCAGUGAAGUAUUUCAAGAAGAAGUUUCGGUAUGGGAAGAAAGUCAGCGUAAAAUAACAGCAUUGACAACAUUCACCUCAAAGAGCAGAGCACGCAGGUUAACUAAGAGCGCUUCUGGUAAAAAUUUCGCAAUUUAUAAGACUGCACAGUAUUUGCAAAAAUUGCACUUUUUGUGCCUAUUGUCUUUCGUUGCUAUCACGCCUCAAACAUUAUAUAAAAAAGAAAAGAAACCUACAAAGAAAGCUAAAAGAGGCAAAUCCAAAGCCGUAAAAGCGGACACCAAUUCAGAGACUAGUCACAUAACGAUGAGUACUAGCACAUUGCACACUUCUAGUAUACAAGAAUCCAGCGAAGAAGAGAUGGAAGAAGACGAGGACGACGAUGGAGAACAGAACGGCAGCGGCGAUUUUGUUAAAAAAAAGGAAGAGAAAAAAAGCGUGCCUCCUGAUAGUUCCAAUUUUUCUCCGCCGCCAGGAGAAGAAGAUAAAUACGUACUUACCAAGAAACUGGUGGAGAAAGUUCGUAAGACACCGGUGCUGCACAUGAUGUGCGGCAAGCUAGACACCAGCAAAAUCGACCCACAAGUCUCCACGUUUUUUUACUUUUUGCGCACCAGCGACGAGGGUAUACCUUCUUUCGAUACCUACGAGGAAUGUCUCGGUGAGAUCGUGAAUUACUUGGUGGUGGGCGCGCUCAACAGCAGAUUCCUGUAUUCUUUGAAUAGGAUACUGAUCGAUGUAUUUAAACCAUUGGUGGAGAGCCAGUUCAGGGGACCGGAAGUAUCGGAGCAAUGGUUACCUAAGAAGAUCGACGAAGACAAGGAAGAGCCGAGUGCCGAAGUAUCUCCGGUUUCAGCAUUCAGAAGACCUUCCGAGUUCCGGAGAGCAUCCACAAUAAUCUCUAAACAGGACUUAGGCGUACAAAAAUAUAAAAAUGGCAAAGAAGAUGAUAUAAUUCCCGCGCGUAGAUUGCAAGAUGAAGACCCAAAAAAAGUAAAGCCGAAGCCGAAGGAAGUCGACAGAAGAGUGUCUGUGUCAGAAUCAAAAGCCAGCAGAUUGGCUAGUUUGAAAGAAGCAAAGAAGCAUCAGCCGAUGAUCGAGCAGAGCAAGAAAGACAUAUUGCAUUAUCUCGAUAAUUUAAUCAAGAGCGUGGAUUGGACAUUGGAGCAUAUAGAAGAUGAUAUCUUGCUGCCGCUACCGAAAAUUCCAGAGCUGAAUGAUCCUGCGAUAACGGAUGAGAUGUUGAUGAAGAACAAAGAUAUCAUCGAACAAAUGGAAGAAGUAGUCAUGUCAUGGGAGAAACAUAUACAAAAAGUAUUGGAGACGUACGUAAAUAAAGAGCUUCUGGAAAAAGGACCAAUAACGGAAUAUCAAUAUUGGUAUGACUGCGAGACUGGAUUAACAAUGUUGGUUGAACAGCUAAAGACGCCCGUUGUAAAGAGAAUCCUCACAAUUCUGGAUCAGACACUCUCGCCAAUCGCUUCAAGUUUCCAGUAUUUUCAAACAGAACUCUGGAAGAAUUACGUUGAAGCUAGGGACAACAAUAAGUUCAUCCAAACUCUUUUGAGAUACUUUAAAUUGAUUACCGAAUCGGACUCGUUCGAAUCUAUAACGGAGUGCAUGCCUUCAUUAACGGAAGGUCUGCGAAUGCUCUGGGUGUUGUCGAGUUACUACUCGAACGAGGAGAAGAUGAUGCUGCUGAUGGACCGGAUAUCGUGGCAGCUGUGCGAGAACGUCAGGAAGAACUUAAGAAUAUCCAUGCUGUUCAAGCAGCCUCUGGCAAUGGUUCUGAAGAAGACAAGCGCAGCUAGCGCGAUGUUGAGAAAAUGGAAGCAAUCGUACCUAAAGACCAGACUGGACAUCGAGCUGUCGGGGAAGGGAAGUCGCUGGGAAUUCGAUCAGAAGCGUCUCUUCCGGAACACAGAGUACCUCGCCGAGGUGUGCGGUGACUUGCACAAGAUCGCUGACGUGCUGCAGGACUUUUACAACAUUUUUGGCGCUGACCUGAAAUCCAUCAUAAACGAUCCGGCGCAGAUUGACGCGGUGAUCAAGCGCGUGGAUGCGCUGGUGGUGCCGAUUCAAGAAGCCGACUUCGACGUCUUCCACGUGUUCAACAAGGAGAACUGGGAGGCGUUGAUCGCGUGGUUCUACGAGGAGGUGACGUAUCUGGAGGAUCAGGCCAAGUUCUACAUCGAUGAGUGCUUCACGGUGCUGAUCAGCGCAGAGAACGCACUCGAGAUGCUGCUCAAGUUCAAGAACCUGAAAACCCGUGCUGCCAUUCAGCAGCAAUUGUUACGAAAGUUCGACGUAAUCAUGCAGCAGUUCAGCAAGGAGAUCGGCAUCGUGGAGAACAUAUUCCACCGGAACAAACGAUACCCACCAUUGCUGACGUAUCACCCACCGAUGGCAGGAGCAAUCUUCUGGGUGCGUCAGCUGUUCCACAGACUACGCGGACCGGUUCUAACGUUUCAACAAGUGAAGGAGCUGAAGCACAGCGAGCUGAAGCUGCUCGCGUUCAACCAGUAUCACGACAUUGCGAAGCAGCUGAAGGAGUUCGAAGAAGCAAAGUUCAGUACGUGGCUCGAGAAGGCACAGCUGACGGUAAGCAGUACCAUGAAGAAGAGUGUGCUAAGAAUAAUAAGCGUAGAACGGGAUCCUCCCGCCACCUUGACUUUUCCGGAGCGUAAAGAGCAAACCACGAAGAACUCCCAGCUGUUCCAUCCGAAGAUGAAGAGCAAGGACGUGGUUUCCGUUCCGCCAACACCGCGCGAAUCUCUACUAAAGCACGACGUGAUCAUGUCGAAACGCAGUGCGGAGACUUCGAGUUCCGCCGCCAUGGGUCUCAAGACUGUCUCUGCGGCACAAACGCGCCCGGAAGUGAAGCCCAAUGCCAAAGGAGCCUCACUGAAGGAUCUCAAUCCGUCCACUGUGUCUUCGGACAAGCAUGAUGCUCGCACGAAGACCAUGGAUUUUAUGAGCGGUGCUGUUUUGAUAGAAUGCCAACUGCGCUUCCAGCUCAACUUCAACUGGGAAAUGUUCGAGGUGAUUAGAGAAGCAGAAUUGAUGGAGCAGCUAGGUUUCGAGUUGCCUGCGACUCUCAGGGAUGUUGGGGUGCAAAAGAAUCGGUUACGAGCGGACAUCCAUGCCACUGAGAAGAUGAUCGAGGGAUACAACAAUGUCCUGGAAACGUUGGACAGGGCUGACGUACAGCUGCUGAAACGGACCCUGCAGGAUGUCGAAAAGCACAUUCAGCCUGGUGUAACGCGGUUCGCCUGGAAUUCCCUGAGCAUUUCAGAUUACGCAUCGUCCUGUAGUAAGAUGCUGAAAUACUUGAAUUCCUUGAUCGAGCAAGUCAACCAGAUGAAGAAAGAUCUCGAUAAUCGGAUAGAAUCCGAACUACAAUCGUAUCAUCUAUUUUCUAUGAAGAAGGAAAUUGCCGAGUCAGAGGAUCUCUUGCCGUGCCAGUUUCUGGAAAUAAAAAAUCGGAGGAGUGAAUUGAUAUUAUCAAUGUCGAAGACUUAUAAGUCAAUCAGUCCGAUGCUUAUAAAGUUGGAAAGCUUAGUAUUGAAUACUUCAACUGGGAAAAGCCCAGCUAUGCAGCUGCUGUAUGAGAAAUUGGAGAAGAAAAUUUUUGCCGCCUUUAUAACAUGCAUGGUAAGAAACAUGGAAGUUCUGAAUAAAAUGUUGAACGAAGCUAAACCAAUCUUCCAAGUGGACGCGAUAUUGAUGGCAUCAGAAGUGAUACUGCGUCCGUCACCUGCCGAGAUUUGUAACCUGAUUUGUCUUGAUGUGCGAGAUUUAUUGGAAAGAUUGAAAGGAUUCUCCCGAUGGAUGUACAGAACUUGCUUAGAGUGCAAACCGCAAAGAAAAGAGUUUUCGGAAGAUUUAGUCACGUUCAGUUUCUUCGAGGAUGUGAUGAGUGUUCGAGUAAUCAACGAGCUUGUGAAAGUAGUUCAGGACACAGCGUAUAAAAUAUCGGUGGAAUGCUGGCGAUAUCUGCAGAGAUGGAAAAAAUAUAGCAAUUUGUGGUCGUUCGACAAAAAUUUGGCUUGUGAAAAAUUCGCAGCAACACGGCCUACGCUUCUACAAUACGACGAAAAGUUUACGUUUUAUGAAGGCAUAUUAGGAGAACUCGAAGAUAUGGCAGAUUACUUUGACAUAAACAGUGUACGGCUCAAUUUGAAACCACUUCUAUCGAGCAUUGAGCGUCAUGCAAAGGAAUGGAAACAAGUUUUAGGGAAUUAUCUUCUAGCCGACACCGUGCUGGCUAUGAACGAGUUGAAAACUCAAAUUGAAGCCUUUCGCGGUGAAGUUGAGCUAGUAAUCACCGGAUUGGAUCGUUUCAUGUCGAUCAUGCAAGCGAUCGCCGAUGUGAAAAGGAUGGCAGUCCAAGUUGAGGUGCAGUUCCUCUCUUAUCAGGAGUGCUUUAAAACUAUGCGUGCUCACGCAAUCACGUUCUCUCUCUCGGAUGAAGCGAUGGCCUAUGAAUUGCAACGCGAUUGGGAAUCCUUGUAUCUCGGAGCGUUUUAUAGAGCUUCAACUUUAGAAAGCACUAGCGACAAAUUUUCCGAGUUAACUGAAGACGAGAUCCGGCAGUUCUUAGAGGAAAUAGAAGAGUUUGCUGAAGAUUUUGAAGCGCACGGUCCCGGAAGCAUCGGAGACGACUUGGAGAGUGGACUCAAGAAGAUGGAGACAUACGGCAAACAGAUACAGAAAUAUGAGGAGAGACGUCUGAACCUGAUAAAGUCUGAAAUCCUUUUCGAUCUUCCGUCGACCGAUUAUUCGGUGUUUCUAAACAUUAAGAAGGAAUACGAGGGCAUGGAGAUGCUUUACGAUCUUUAUAAGCAGCAGAGAAGCGCGCGAGAAGUCUGGGCUCAGACUCUCUGGGUGAACUUGAAUCCCCAGCAACUCAUCGAUGGAAUGGAGCACUAUAUAAGGGAAUUCCGGCGAAUGCCAAAGGCCGUCAGGAGUAUGAACGUCGGCCAGGCUUUGGAUGCCAAUAUGAAAGACUUUAAGAACUCGAUACCACUCUUCGUUGAGUUGAAGAACGAAGCCAUGCGAGAGAGACACUGGCAGCAAUUGAUGCACAGAACCGGACAAUAUUUUGAUAUGGACCCGGACAGAUUUACCUUGGAAAAUAUGUUCGCCAUGGAGCUAGGAAAGUAUCAAGACAUCGCGCAAGAUAUUGUGAUGAAAGCAGUGAAGGAGCUUGCAAUAGAAAGGGGCGUGAAGGAAUUAGCAGAAGUGUGGAAAUCCAUGGAAUUCAACAUGGUGAAACAUUAUAAAGGUGCAGAAGAUCGUGGAUUCAUUCUUGGACCACUCGACGAAUUGAAUUCAGUACUUGAAGAUAACAUGUUAACCGUGCACAGUAUGGCAGCUUCCCAAUUUAUCGGACCGUUCCUCAAUGUCGUGCAAAAGUGGGAACGCACGAUGCAUACGAUCUCUGAAGUUCUAGAGGUGUGGGUGGAUCUUCAGCGGAAGUGGCUGUAUCUCGAGGGCAUUUUCGUAGUAGGUGAUAUUCGCCUUCAAUUACCGGACGAAACGAAAAGAUUCGACGACAUUGAUAAAACCUUUCGGAAAAUCAUGACUGACACAUCGAAGAGACUCAACGUCUUAGAAUGCUGCAUGAUUCGAGGCCGAAAAGAGGAAUUCGAACUCAUGAUAGCAACCCUCGAGAAAUGCCAAAAAGCCUUGACGGAAUAUUUGCGUAAUAAACGCGUUAUAUUCCCGCGAUUCAAUUUCAUUAGCGACGAUGAAUUGCUGAGCAUUCUCGGCAGUAGCGAUCCCGCAGUCAUUCAGGAACAUGUAGGAAAAAUGUUCGAUAAUCUCGACAAGUUUCGACUGGUAGUUGAUAACACGAACAAAUUCUUAGUGACGGCUCUUAUAUCCUGCGAAAAGGAAAUUAUGGAAUUUAGAAAUCCUGUGACCACGGAAAGUAAUAUUGAAAUCUGGAUGGGUGUUGCUCUCGAAGAAAUGAAGAGAUCGGAUCGAUACUUAACGAAGAAAGCAGUCUACAAUUAUGGCAAGGUUUAUAUCGAAAAAACAGAAUGGUUGCUCGAAUUUCAAGGAAUGAUGGUUAUCACGGCCAACCAAAUAUGGUGGACCGCAGAGACAGAGAAUGUUUUCAACAAGAUAUCUCAAGGAGACAAACGUGCGAUGAAGAAGUUAUUACAACAACUCAAUAAUCAGUUAGACGAAGUAGUGAUACUGAUGGGUAAAGGUACGCUUACAAACAAUGAUAGAAAGAAAAUCGACAUGGUUCUAACUAUCGAUGUGCACAUCCGCGAUAUCGUUGAGAGUUUCGUGAGAGACAACAUUAUGGAUCCCACGGAAUUCGAAUGGGAAUGCCAAUUAAGAUUUUACUGGGUUCAUGAUCUGGACAACGUAUGGAUGAACCAAUGUACAGGCGCUUUUGAGUACGGGUAUGAAUACAUGGGUCUUAAUGGCAGAUUGGUCAUCACGCCUCUAACGGAUAGGAUAUUUCUUACUAUUACGCAAGCCCUCUCGAUGCAUUUAGGUGGUGCGCCAGCAGGUCCUGCUGGAACUGGCAAGACUGAAACAGUAAAAGAUCUUGCGAAAGCUCUGGGACUCUUGUGUAUCGUCACUAAUUGCGGAGAAGGUAUGGAUUAUAUCGCGAUUGGGAAAACUCUGGGUGGUCUUGCACAGUGCGGAGCAUGGGGUUGCUUCGACGAAUUCAAUCGAAUCGACAGUUCCGUUCUUUCUGUUAUCUCGACACAACUGCAAACUAUACGCUCAGCGUUGCAAGUCAAGGCGCAAAGAUUCACGUUUGAGAAUCAAGACAUCGUGUUGGAUUCGAAAGUGGGAAUAUUCAUUACGAUGAAUCCAGGAUACGCCGGUCGUACGGAACUGCCGGAAUCCGUCAAGGCGCUCUUCAGACCAGUGGUCUGCGUAGUGCCGGACAACGAGCUGAUCUGCCAGAUCAAGCUUUUCAGCGCCGGUUUUCUGACAGCAAAGAUGCUCGCUAAAAAGAUGACAGUUCUCUACAAACUGGCGAGCGAGCAGUUGAGCAAACAAACUCACUACGAUUUCGGCUUGAGGGCUCUCAAAUCCGUGCUUAACAUGGCCGGCCAACUGAAGAGAAUUUCCGGGGAUCCCGAGAAUGUUGUGCUGAUGAGAGCCCUCAGAGACAUGAACUUACCUAAGUUUGUAUACGACGACGUGCCGCUCUUCCUAGGUUUGAUUCGGGAUCUCUUUCCUGAUUUGGAUUGUCCCCGAGUGCACUAUCCAAACUUCAGCGAGGCGGUUGAGUUGAUGUUGCAAGAACAUGGAUAUAUCGUCUUACCUGAGCAAGUAGACAAAGUCGUGCAGUUGUACGAGGUGAUGAUGACCAGACACUCAACGAUGGUCAUUGGUCCCACCGGCGGUGGCAAGACGGUGGUCAUCGAAACAUUGUGCAGAACACAAACACAUCUGAAUAAACCCACGAAAUUGUACAUUCUAAACCCCAAGGCUUGCACUGUUGUCGAAUUAUAUGGAAUGCUGGAACCUACAACUCGCGAUUGGAUCGAUGGUCUCCUGAGUAACAUCUUUCGCGCAAUUAAUAGGCCACUGGACAGUGACAGGGACGAACGCAAAUAUAUACUCUUUGACGGUGACGUGGAUGCAUUGUGGAUUGAAAAUAUGAAUUCGGUUAUGGACGACAAUAAGCUACUGACUCUGGCUAAUCAGGAGAGAAUCAAAAUGCAGGAUCAUUGCAGUCUAUUGUUCGAGGUAGGUGAUCUGCAAUACGCCUCGCCGGCGACAGUAACGAGAGCAGGUAUGGUUUAUGUUGACCCGAAGAACCUGGGCUACCAGCCAUACAUGGAUAAGUGGAUACAAGUCAAGAGCAAAGCUGACCGAGAUUUUCUUCACGGAAUGUGCGAGAAAUACGUGCACAGCUCACUCAAACUCAUUAUUGAAGGAAUGUUCGGCCUUCAAGCGAUCGAGCCGCUUCGAAUGAUCAUACCGCAGACUGCACUUAAUAUGGUAACUCAAUUCUGCUACGUAUUCGAUGGUUUGCUAUCAUUGCUUAAAGACAAAUCGGCAGAUGAAAAAUCUGUAGAUCAAGAUGAAGAGGACAAUUUGCUGGAGUCAAGAGUGACAAAAGAAGAGCUUUGGGAGGCAAUGUACAUUCAAGCAUGCUAUUGGUCACUUGGCGUGUCUAUUGUGGAUGAGGCACGCUCUAAAUUCGAUGAACACGUGAAGAAAAUAUGUGGGUUUAUAUUAAUACAAGAUACACCUACUAAAAUGGCAAGCGCUAGGCACAUACCCGCAAGCUUCCCAACCAUGUACGAUUAUAUGUUGGAUGUUAAGAAAAAAAUUUGGAUGGCGUGGAAAUGGUUGGUACCGGCAUAUGUUCACGACAGACAAAAAAGCUUUUCAGACAUUCUAGUACAGACGAUCGAUACUUUGCGUACGACUUGGUUUAUGAAUCUCAUGAACAAUAUGCAAAGACCGGUACUAUUAGUAGGAGAAAUUGGCACCUCCAAAACAGCAAUUGUCCACGAGUUUCUAAGAAACUUGAGCCCUGAAAAAUAUGAGCAACUUCUAAUUAACUUCUCCUCGAGGACGACUUCGAUGAACGUGCAAAGAAAUAUCGAAUCAGUAAUGGAGAAAAGAACGAGAGGAAUAUUUGGACCAGCGCCCGGCAAGAAAUUAAUAGUCUUUAUUGAUGACAUGAACAUGCCAAUCGUGGACACGUACGGAACCCAACAACCCAUUGCGUUUCUCAAAUUGCUCUUUGAAAGAGGUGGUUUUUACGAUCGCGAACGGGAUCUAAAUUGGAAAUAUAUAAAGGACAUUUAUUAUUUAGCAGCCAUGGGAGAACCCGGUGGCGGUAGGAACGAAGUCGAUCCGCGAUUCAUCUCGAUGUUCUCAGUGUACAACGUGGCUUUCCCGUCCAGCGAGACUCUCAAUUACAUUUACACGAGUAUUUUGUCCGGUCAUCUGCAAACAUUUUCAGAAGAAGUUAAAUCUAUUGCAGACGAACUCGUGCAAUUGAUGUUGGAGCUUUACGAGAUAGUUAGGAAGGAGUUGCUGCCGACGCCGUCCAAGUUCCACUACAUUUUCAACAUGCGAGAUCUUUCAAGGAUUAUGGCUGGGCUUCUUCAGAGUCAUCCUGACUUCCACCCAGGCGUGAAGCAAUUUGUCAGAUUGUGGAGAAAUGAGGUCACCAGGGUCAUGGGCGAUCGACUCAUUAGCGCGCAAGUAAUUAGAGAGUUUCCCUCUCUCGAUGAGAAUUUGGUAAUCGAAAAGCUGAAGGAGAAGAUAAGAACUCACUGGGAAGAACAACCGGAAAUGAUCCAGUACACUUUAAGAGAUCCAAUGCUUUACGGUGAUUUCAGAAAUGCCUGUAACGAGGACGAGCCUAGAUUCUACGAGGAUCUGCUGGAUUACGAAGCGGUUUAUAAUUUAUUCCUAGAGAUAUUCGAAGAGUACAAUGAAAGAACUAUGAUGAAGCUUCACAUGGUCCUCUUCAACGACGCGCUUGAACACUUGACCAGAGUGCAUCGGGCACUGCGGAUGCAUCGCGGCAACGUGUUAGUUGUCGGUGCAGGUGGCAGCGGCAAGAGAUCCGUGAUAAAGUUAGCUGCCUUCGCCGCCGGUUAUCAGCUUUUUCAGAUUACUCUAUGUCGCGGAUACAACACGACCUUCUUUCGCGAGGAGAUGAAAAAUCUGUACAACAUGGUUGGCGUGGAAAACAAAAAAGUCGUGUUCAUGUUCACGUCCGCUCAUAUCAAGGACGAGGGGUUCCUCGAGUUGGUGAACAAUAUGUUAACGGCUGGCCUCGUGCCGGCUCUCUUCAACGACGAAGAGAAGGAUGUGAUCAUCACUUCCUGCAGAGACGCGGUGGUUAAAGCAGGCUCCGAUGCUGGAAAGAAGAGCGUCUGGUCAUACUUUGCCAAAACGUGUACCGCCAAUUUGCGGGUAGCGCUAGUAAUGAGUCCAAGUGAAGCUUUGCGCACACGAUGUCGUAAUUAUCCCGGCCUAAUCAACAAUACUACUAUAGACUGGAUGUUUCCUUGGCCGCAGCAAGCUUUGAUGGCAGUGGCAAAUGUCCUUCUCAGAGAUAAUCCGAUUGUACCGCAGGAACACAGGGAGGCAAUUGUGGAUCACAUAGUAUACGUGCACACGUCUGUUUUACAGCAUACAGUAGAUUUCACGACGAAGCUAAGAAGACGGAAUUAUGUUACGCCAAGACAUUUUCUGGAUUUUAUCAAUACUUACUUAAAACUGCUGACAGAGAAAAGGGACUUUAUAAACUCACAUUGCGCACGUCUAUCUGGAGGAUUACAAAAGAUCGCAGAAGCUUCGGUAACUCUAACGGAAUUGAAUGAGAUCUUGGCCCGGCAAAGAGUUAAAGUGGCUGAUCAAACAAGAAACUGCGAGCAAUUGCUCACGUCCAUUGGUGAAAGCACGGACAUUGCGAUGGAGAAGAAGAAGCUGAGCGAAGAAAAAAGAGAGGAAAUCGAGAACCAGAAAAAGAUCAUUGCGAAAGAGGAAAUGGAAGCCAAGCAGGCAUUAGCAGAAGCACAACCGGGUCUUGAUGCGGCCAGACUUGCAUUGGGCGAACUCGAUAAAGCAGAUAUCACCGAAAUAAGAUCUUUUGCUACUCCGCCUGAGCCAGUGCAGAUCGUCUCGGAAUGCGUCGCGAUUCUUCGAGGCGUUAAAGAUGUGUCGUGGAAAGGAGCGAAGGGAAUGAUGAGCGAUCCAGGAUUCGUGAGGAGUCUGCAAGAAAUGAACUGUGAUCAGAUCACUCUGAAACAACAGCAAGCGGUACGAGCGCACUUGAAGAAGACAGAUAAGCUGGAUCAGAUGCAGGCCAUCAGCAAGGCAGGAUACGGCUUAUACAAAUUUGUGAUCGCCGUUUUGGAUUAUUACGCCGUUUAUAGAGAGGUGAAGCCGAAGAUAGACAGGGUCCGGGCACUCGAAGUGGAGGCAGAAAAGACGAGACGUGCUUUGGAAAAGGAGGAACGGGAGUUGAAACGAUUGGAAAAAACAAUUGGAGAACUGAACGCAAAGUACGAUGUUGCAAUGAACGAACGACAAGAGCUUCAAGAUGAAACGGACCUGCUGCAACGACGUCUUGUAGCCGCUGAUAAACUCAUCACCGGGUUGUCGUCCGAGAACGAACGUUGGCAAAAGGAAUUGGCAGAUUUACACGAUGAUAUGGAGAAAAUUACGGGAAAUUGUUUACUCAGUGCGGCGUUCCUCGCCUACAGCGGUCCAUUUUCCUACGAGUUUAGGAACGAAAUGUACAACGACUGGCAGCAAAGCAUCCAGGAGAAGAAGUUGCCAUUGACGAAACUCUUCAAGUUCGAAACGCAAUUAAGCAACGACGUUGAAAUCAGCAAGUGGAACUCAGAAGGACUCCCACCAGACGAACUAUCCGUACAAAAUGGUAUAUUGAUCUUGAAGGCAUCAAGAUUUCCAUUUUGCAUCGAUCCCCAGCAAGAAGCGCUGAAUUGGAUUAAGAAAAGAGAACAGAAGAAGAAUCUGAAGAUCCUCUCCUUCACAGACGCGGAUUUUUUAAAACAAGUGGAACUGGCAAUCAAGUACGGCUUGCCAGUGCUCUUGCAGGAUGUCGACGAAGUCGAUCCUAUCUUGGAUAACGUUUUAUCCAAAAAUAUUCAGACUGUCGCAGGACGAACUUUCGUCAUUCUCGGCGACAAGAAAGUAGAUUAUGAUCCAAGGUUCCGUAUCUAUCUAACGACAAAAGCGUCCAAUCCAACGUUAGAGCCUGCUGUAUUCACCAAGGCAGUUGUUAUCAAUUAUAUGGUCACGACGGAGGGUUUGGAGAACCAACUUCUAUCGGUGGUGGUGAGAAUCGAGCGACCGGACAUCGAGGAACAGCGGGAAACGUUGAUCAUGGAGACCAGCGAGAACAAAAAUCUGCUGCAGCAGCUUGAGAACAGUCUCUUACGAGAGAUUGCCACCGACCAAGGGAACAUGCUGGACAACAUCGAUCUUAUCGAGACUCUGGAGAACAUCAAGUCCAGCACCAAUGAGGUGAUGAGCAAGUUGUUCCUCGCGAAAGUUACUUCUGCCGAUAUCAAUAAAUUACGCGAAGGCUAUCGUCCGGUGGCGAGACAAGGCGCUAUUUUGUUCUCCGUGCUGGCCGACAUGGCCACUGUGAACGCCAUGUAUCAAUAUUCCCUGAUCAGCUACAUCGAGGUAUUUAUUCAUUCCUUGAGAAGAUCGUUGCCGGAUCCAACGCUCAAGAAACGACUAGAAAACAUCAUACCGAUGCUGACGAAGAACGUCUACAAUUACGGCUGCACCGGGAUCUUUGAACGGCACAAGUUGCUUUUCUCCUUACAAAUCUGUAUAAAACUAGAGCAGAGUUUGGGCAAUGUGGACCAGAAGCAGCUGGAUUUCUUCAUCAAAGGCAGCAUGGCCUUGGAAAAAUCGGCCAGAGCGAAUCCCACUAGAUGGUUACCCUUGUCGGGCUGGGAGGAUGUUCUCAAGUUAGCAAACGAUUUCCCGGAAAAAUUUGAACAGCUUCCGGAUGAACUUCGGGAUUGCGCGGACGAAUGGAAGGAAUGGUAUGAAUCGGAUACACCGGAAACAGAAGAACUUCCCUGCAAUUAUAGCGCGCGAGUGACGCCAUUCGAGAAACUGAUGCUACUACGCUGUUUCCGUGUGGAUCGCGUUUAUUGUACCAUCGUCAAUUAUAUUACUGAAAUCAUGGGCGAACAAUAUAUCACACCGCCUCAUAUGAGCUUCGACAUGAUUUUCGAAGAAAGUUCACCUACUAUGCCCGUAGUUUUCAUUCUGAGCCCAGGCUCGGAUCCUACUGCGGAAUUGAUGAAGCUGGUAGAUCAGUAUGGCUGGGGCGGAGGAAAAUUUAGAUACCUCUCUCUUGGUCAGAAUCAAGACAAAAUCGCAAAGGAAUUAUUGGAGAUAGCGAUGGCAAGAGGUCAAUGGUUGAUGCUCCAGAAUUGUCACCUGCUGCUGCCUUUCACGAGAGAGCUGGAAAAAAUCGUGGAGAAUAUAGGGAAACCUCAUCCCGAUUUUCGCUUGUGGCUCACUACAGAACCCACUCCCAAAUUUCCGAUUGGAAUACUCCAACAAUCUGUGAAAGUGGUCAUGGAACCACCGAGUGGACUGAAACUGAAUCUGCAGAACACGUAUUUGAACAUGCGACCAGAGGUCUUGAAUAGCUGCUCUCAUCCCCUUUACAAGCACCUAAUUUACGUUCUAGCAUUUUAUCACGGGGUUAUCCAGGAGAGGAGAAAGUAUGACAAGAUUGGAUGGAACGUGAAAUAUGAUUUUAAUGACUCAGAUUUUAACGUGUGUACUGCUAUUUUGGAUACUUAUCUGACAAAGGCAAUGACCGCAGAUGAAUCUAAAGUACCAUGGGAGAGUCUGAAAUAUUUAAUUUGCGAGGUGAUGUAUGGCGGAAGAGUGAUAGACUGCUACGACCGUCGCAUUUCCUACACCUACGUGGACGAAUAUUUCGGUGAUUUCCUGUUCGACGAGUUUCAACCGUUCCACUUUUAUAAAAGUGACAUCGUCGACUACGUGUUACCGCCGGAAGGCGAUCGUGAUGAUUAUCUGCGAUUCAUCGAAGAACUUCCGCUAGUGAGUACCCCGGAGGUAUUCGGAUUGCAUCCAAACGCGGAGAUCGGAUACUUUACGCACGCAGUUAAAGAAAUGUGGAUGCAUCUCGUAGAACUUCAACCGCAAACUGCGGUGAGCGUUACCGGUGUAAGCAAGGAUGAAUUUAUCGAUGACGUAGCAAAAGAAAUCUUGAGCAAGAUACCUGUGCCGUACGAUAUGACUAAAGUUAAGAAAAACUUUGGAGUAGCUGCGACACCAACUGCGAUCGUGUUAUUCCAAGAAUUAGAGAGAUUCAAUAUAUUAAUAAGAACAAUGACAAGAACAUUAAAUCAACUGAGAAAGGCCAUUGUCGGCGAAAUUGGAAUGGACGCAGUGCUGGACAACAUUUCCGUGGCGCUUUAUAACGGUACCUUGCCCAAAGAAUGGGCCAAAUUGGCGCCAGACACGCGAAAGAAUCUUGCUGGCUGGAUGGACCACUUUCGAAAGAGGAUAGAUCAGUAUACCAAUUGGUCUGGCGCAAACGAACCCGUGGUGCUUUGGCUGUCCGGAUUGCACGUACCGGAAACUUAUCUGGCAGCUCUAGUGCAAAUGACCUGCCGCAAGAAUAACUGGCCCCUUGAUCGUUGUGUUAUUUACACGGCGGUGUCAAAGUUCACCAGACCGGACGACAUAGAAGAAAGACCCGAUCAGGGCUGCUAUGUGCAUGGAUUAUAUUUGGAAGGCGCCAGAUGGGACGUCGAGGAGUAUUGCUUGAAAAGAUCGCACCCGAAAGUCUUGAUAGAAGAAUUACCAAUAUUGACCAUUAUACCUAUUGAAGUUCAUAAGCGAAAGUUACAGAAUACAUUUAAAACUCCAGUAUAUAUCACGUCGAAUCGUCGAGACGCUCUUGGUGCUGGUUUAGUGUUCGAGGCAUAUUUGACGACACCGGAGCACAUUUCACAUUGGGUACUUCAGGGUGUUUGUCUAGUGUUAAAUACAGAUUAAAAUAGUUUUUGGAGUCGAUG